AUGGCACCCAUUUUAGAAUGGAAGAAACUUAUGAAAGUUGAUCCAGAUGCUCUGCCUCGUCAAGAGGAACUAGCAGACAAAUUGCUGGAGACCAUGUCCAAGGUUGAUGGGAAAGACUUAAAAACUGAAACUCCAGAACAACUGAUACACCUUUUCAGAAUUACUCAGUCGCUAAUGAAGAUGAAAGCUCAAGAGUCAGAGCUGGCACUAGAAGAAGUUGAAAAAGCUGGGGAAGAGCAAGCCAGAUGUGAAAAUCAAUUUAAAGCCAAGGUGAUGAAACUUCAGAAUGAAUUAGAGAUGGCACAAAGAUCUGCUGGUGGCCGUGAUACUCGGGUUUUGCGCGAUGAGAUCCGCCAACUGGAAAAACAAUUAGAACAAAAAGAGAGACAGUUAACAGAUAUAGAAAAAGAAUUGGAGAAGGAGAAGAAAGUGAGUGAAAAGCUUGCUCUUCGUAUUGAAGAUGCUGAAAAUGAAAACAUCAAAUUAAGGAGAGAGAAUGAACAGUUGCAACAGGAUGUAGUUGACUAUCAGAGGCAAAUAGAUUCUCAAAAAGAAACAAUUCUGUCACGAAGAGGAGAGGAUUCUGAUUACAGAUCGCAGUUGUCCAAAAAGAACUUUGAGCUUGUCCAGUAUUUGGAUGAAAUUCAGAAUUUGACUGAAACUAAUGAGAAGUUAGAUAUCCAAAACCAAGAAAUGAGGAAGAAUCUUGAGGAAUCGGUGCAAGAAAUGGAGAAAAUGACUGAUGAAUAUAACAAAAUGAAACGAAUUGUGCAGCAAUCUGAUAUUGUUAUGGAUCAGUUAAGAAAAGAGAAAGAACAGUACAAAUUUCAAGUUCAAGAGCUUUCAGACCAGCUGAAAGCAAAGAAUGAGGAAGACGAUCCACUAAUGGCAGCUGUAAAUGCAAAAGUUGAAGAAUGGAAGAAAAUCUUAGCUUCGAAAGAUGAUGAACUUCUAGAGUAUCAGCAAAUGUUGUUUAACUUGAAAGAGAAAAUGAAGAUGGUCCAACUCGAUGUAGACAGAAACAGUAUACUGGCCCUUCAGCAGGGAGUGCAAGAGCGAGAUGCUCAGAUAAGAUUGCUUACUGAGCAAGUUGAACAGUAUACCAAAGAAAUGGAACAAAAUGCAUUUAUUAUUGAGGAAUUAAAAAAUGAUCUCCAAAAAGAUAAAGGUCACUCAUCUCUUGCUCAGCAGAACUGGAUUGGGGAUAUGCAAGAAAAGUUAAAAAUGCUAGAAGAGAGAACUAAGGAGGCUGAGAAAUCAGCAGAAUUAGCAGAAGCAGAUGCUAAAGAAAAAGACAAAGAACUUGUUGAGGCUCUGAAACGAAUGAGAGACUAUGAACUGGGAAUAUAUGGUUUGGAAGAGGCUGUUGCUGAAAUAAAAGAUUUAAAAAAGCAAAUCAAAAUACGAGAUCGUGAAAUUGAAACUUUAAUUAAGGAAGUCAAUAAACGUGAACUUGAAAUAAAUGACUUUCUUGAUGAAAAUGAAGAACUUCGAGAGCGCUUAGGUCUUGAGCCAAGGACAAUGAUUGAUUUAAAUGAAUUCAGAAACAGCAAAACACUGAAGCAGCAGCAAUAUAGAGCUGAAAACCAGAUUCUUUUGCAAGAGAUUGAAAGACUAGAAGAGGAAAGAAUUGAACUGAAAAAACAUGUUCGUAAGUUGGCUCAAGAGAAAGGAAGAAGAGUUGCAACAACAGGGUUGGACGCGUCUGAUGUGCAUGUAACUGAUAGCUUUACUGAAGAGGAGAUAAAUAAGAGGAAGGUGGAUUUCUUGAACAGACAUGAUAUUGCUGAAGUAAAAGCAAAGGCUAGCAGUUCAUGUAACGUGGAAGGGAGAAACAGACUUGCAGAUAGAGAAGAACCAGUUAGAUUUCUGAAGUCAGAGAAAGAUAUAGCUGAAAACAAGCCAGUAACACACAAAAUACGUAUAAUAGUAUUGAAAGAUAAGCAAGACUAUUUGCAGGUAAAGUUUACUGAUGUAACUGCCUUGCAAGAAGACAGGGAAGGAAGGGAAUGCCUAACAGAAUUGUUGCAAGUAAGGAUUUUGGAAAGUGGACUUGAAAAUGGACAAACAGAACACUCAGGUCAGGUAGAUCCUGUUGAAAAUGUCUUAGAGCAAUUGAGGAGAGAAUUAGCUCUUCUUAGAUCACAG